CAGUUUUAGAAGAACACCCAAGAGAAGGAGCCAGAGAUGGACCACUCCCCAAGUCUGAGCGUCUUGCUUCUGGCCUUCUUGGCUGCCCAGGGGGUCUCUGGGGGCGCUCUUCGCAGCCAGAUUGUGGGAGGGCAGGAAGCCCCGCCACACUCUCGACCUUACGCUGCAGCUCUGAAAUUAAAUGGCCGUUAUGGCCGUUAUGGCUGUGGAGGCUUCUUGGUGGCCCCUCAGUGGGUGAUGACUGCAGCCCACUGCAACGGAGAGAUCCUCGUCGUUCUGGGAGCCCAUGAUUUGGAUGCCGUAGAAGAAACCCAGCAAGUGUUCGGCGUUGAAAGCUACCAUGUGCAUCCAGACUACGACAGAAAUUCUGAUGUGCCAUACAACGACAUCCUUCUCCUAAAGCUGGAUCGCGAAGCCAAGCUCAACAAGUAUGUCCAACUCAUUCCUUUACCCCAGACUGAGAACUAUCUCCCCAAAGACACCGAGUGUGUCGUCGCGGGCUGGGGACGCAUCGAUGCCACGGAUCACGCCUCGUCAAAGCUUUUCGUGACCAACGUCACGCUCCCUGACCGUAGGAAGUGCCUGCAAUUCUUCCCAGAACUCACCGACGGAAUGGUUUGUGCGGGAGUUCGCUCCAAACUCUGCGACGUCAGCAAUGGGGAUUCCGGAAGUGCUCUGGUGUGCAACGGAGCGGCCCAUGGGGUAGUCUCCUACGGCUACCAAGUGCCCCCGUCCAUUUACACCCGUGUGGCUAAUUACCUUCCUUGGAUCAGAAAGGUCAUGGAACAAGGCCCGGAAAUGCAAAAACCACCGGCCUUCUGAGCCACCUUGAAACCAUUCACACCUUUUGCUGAGCUGCUUUGUGUCUCCGUUGGAGUGAGUUAUGUGAGCCUGAUUCAGCAAGGCCGGCAUGAUAUCUGAACAAGAGACAUGGCCAGUCCUUAUUCUGAGAAGGGGGGUUGUUGACAUCCCGAUGCUAUCCAAUCAGUGCCUUCCACUACUGGCUUUUGUUGCCCGCUUUCAGAAUCCCCCUCCCCAAAUUCUCUCUCCUGGGGGAAGCUGCACUUGUACAAAGUUGGGAUGCCAACCCUUCCAAAGUAGCCCUCUGUCUUCCCCUUGACCCAGGAUGCCCACCAGAGUGCAAAACUACCCAGGUUGCACCAGAAAGAAAGAAUAUUGCGCAGGCAGGAGCGGGUUAUUACAUGUCAUUUUCUCUCUGCACUUUAGUGCAGGCAUGCUAAGCGCUUCUGUGUGGCACGACCAAACUGGUUUUACAUUUCUUUCGCUGUACGAUUCAUUCAAUAAACCAC